UUAGGUAUACUCAUUACUACACCUGCUGCAUUUUUUGCUCAAGCUCGUAAAUUAAUCAAACAUCAUCAUGCAUUAGAAGAGAAAAUUGCUGAAUUUCGUAAACAAAUAUCACUCCUUUCAGCUGCUAAUCAAGAAUUAGUAAGACGUCAUCAAAUUGAAGCUGCACGUCUUUUAGCUAGUGCAACAACAGCUAACAUGAAAUCCGACCAUUCAUUAUUACAAAAUCAACAUCCCACCACUACUCCUACAUUAAUGAAUAAAUCAAUCCAUCCUAGCAAUGAUAAUAAACUCAUCACAGAAUUAAUAAAGAAAAAUGGAUUCAAUUAUCAUAAUGACCAACAUGUAUUCCAAUCUCCUUCUACUAUCAAUUGUCCAGAAUUAGCAUUAAAUAAUAAUUAUCGUCAGUCUGCUGUCCCGUUGAAUUCGACAACGACAACAAUGAUACCGCCUCCACCAUCGUUAACUAAAGUUUCACAUCAUCAUAAUAAUACUAACAGUACACUCAUAUGUAACAACAACACAAUUCGAUCAUCUUCAAUUCAUCCCAUAGACAACGAUCAAUCGAUAUCCGGUCAGCACUCAUUACUAUUGAAUAAUUCUUCCAUGAAGUCAACAAAAACAUUAAACAAUACAAGUUCACUGUUACAGCAACAUCAUCAUACUACUCCUACUAGUAGUAGUAGUAGUAAUAAUAAUAUUGAUGUUCAUAAAUUUGC